AUGGCGACACCACCACCACCACCACCAGCAACACCGCCAAUCCUGCUCCCCGCGCCAGCGCUCUCCUCCAGCCGGUACAACCGGCAGCUGCUCGUGCCCCAGCUGCGGGGCCUGACGGGCCAAAGCAACCUGCUCAAGGCACGGAUCCUGAUCGUCGGGCUCGGCGGGCUCGGGUCGCCGGCGGCGCUGUACCUCGCGGGCGCGGGGAUCUGGACGCUGGGCCUUAUGGACGGCGACGCCGUCGAGACGUCGAACCUGCACCGGCAGAUCGCGCACAAUGAGGAUGCCGCGGCACGGAGGAUGUCGAAGGUCGCGAGUGCGUUGCGCGCGUGUAGAGCGUUGAAUUCGGAUGUUGAGUACUUGCCGUAUGAGAUGCGUGCGAUGGCGCAGGGGCCCGAUGGGUUCCUGGAUGUGCUGAGGCAGGGGAGAUUUGGUGUCGUGCUCGACUGUACGGAUAAUCCGGCCGCGAGGUAUCUGAUCUCCGAUGCGUGUGUGCUUGCUGGGGCGGUACUGGUUAGUGGUGCUGCGCAGAGGGGGGAGGGCCAGCUUGUUGUGUUGAAUUGUCCGCCGAUUGGGGGUGUGUGGGGCGGGGAUGAGAGCCAGGGCGAGGCGGAGGAAAAGGGUCCUUGUUAUCGCUGCGUGUUCCCACGCCCACCCGCCCCGGAGAUGGUCAGGGGUUGUAGUGAGAUAGGCAUUCUCGGGCAUGUGGUCGGUGUUAUUGGGGUGUUGAUGGCCGGUGAGGCGAUCAAGAUUGUUAGCCAGGGUAGGCAUGUGCCCCCGAGUGCCGAGGAACGACAGGUUCAACAGCAGCAGCGACAGCAGCAGAAGGAACACAUGGAGCCGAAAAAGCAGCAGCACACCAUGCUCCUGUAUAACACCUUCGCUGCGGAUCCGCGAAAUCAGUUCCGCACGAUCACGCUGCGUGGGCGGCGGAAGGAUUGUGUCGCGUGCGGUGACGACGAGGUCCUUGCGGCGAAGAACCUUACUCGCAUCACGGCUGAGUCUAUCUCCGAGGGCCGCAUGGAUUAUGUGGCGUUCUGUGGUGUGUUGGAGGAUGUAAACGUGUUGGGCGAGGAGCAUCGGGUCGAUGCGAAGGAGUUUCUAUGGAGUCAGCAGCAACAGACACGGCAGCGGCAGUGGAGUGGUCAGAGAGAUGGUGGGCAUAUUGGGAAACGGAAACGAGGGUUUAAAUCCAGACCCCGAGGGCUCGUCGUGGACGUGCGUGAAGAACAUGAAGUCGAGUUGGGCCCGAAGAUUAGUGGGAGUGUGAACGUUCCGCUAUCGAGAAUCCUCAGGCAUGGAGGAAAGGCUUUUGAUGAUUUGCAUGCCCACAUCGAUCGAGUCCACGUAGAGGAUGCAGGUCCUGAUGGUACUGCUAGAGAAGGUUUUGGCGAGGGGAGGCAAGGAGGAAUGAUCGACCAGGAAACACACGUGCCCGUUGCAAUUUCUGGGUCGACGAUCACUGCGCAUUCAGGGGCAGCGAGUGAGAAUGUCAGUUUUGGCGGGAUGGUGGAUGAAGAAACUCACAUCUCUCCGACUUCAAGAGCGCAGGACUUCCCUGUGGAACACAGCAAGCCCGGUCAGGUCAGUGGCAUCAACAGCGGUCUUAAUCUGGAAAAUGGAGCGCUGGUCAACGAAGAAAGCCACGUCCCCAUUACCGCCACAGACCGCGACGCAUAUCCUCAACGACCAGACGCCAAGAACCAGGACAGCCACGAUGAGCGAUCCGGAAAUACCGAUAUCUUCGCGCCGGAAGAAGAGGAACGCACUGGUGACGAAGAGAAUGGCUGGCCGAUCUACUUUGUCUGCCAGCGCGGUAAUGAUAGCCAGAUCGCGGCGCAGAAGUUGUUGGACCGAAUACGGGCAGAGGAGAAGGAGGAGGCAGACAUGGAAGUGGAGGCUCCAGGGGAUCUUGAUGGUUCUGCUCCUGUUGCACGGAAGAAAACGAGACCAUGGGGUUGGGUCGGAGAUAUCAAGGGUGGCUUUGUGGCAUUGGAGAGGCAUCACUUUGAAGGGUCACCAUGA